AUGCGCUCUUCUUCAGCCCUACGCUCUGCGAAACCAUUUUUGCCUUACCUGUAUAACCAUUUUUGCCUUACCUAUAUAACCUUGGUUUUCAAUGAACUUACAUGUUACAUUUUUUCCCUUUCUGAAACUGACAGAAAAGUAUGUUUGCAGGCUGUGAAACUAGGACGUCCUCCACGAAGAGAUGAAAACUUUAUCCAAACCCAUACAAGAAAAAAUGGUGUUCCUACAGAACAGGCAAAACCAAUAAUUGACCAACUUAAUGAUGUUCUUGGAGUAUAUCCAGAGUUAAAGGACCGGUCAGUUCAAGAGGGUGAUGCAUUCUAUGUUGUUUGUGGAGCGAAAGAGCCAAAAGGAUAUGUUCGUGUUUUGGGUUUAGGCCCUACUCCUCAAGAUAUUGGCACUCCAGAGUUGAAGUCUUAUACUGCAACAAGACUACAAAUGGAGAUUCUUGCUCGUACAAAGGUUCAAAGUGAGAAGGCUGCUUUAGAAGAGCGUGUACUUGAGCUACAGACUCAAAUUGAGCAAAGGGCUCAACCAGACCGGGCAAGUGAAGAGCCCAUGUCACAUCGCGGCUCUACUUCAUUUGAACAUAAGGUAUUCAAUAUUUUCAUUCAUGAUGCUUUAUCCUAAUUUUCUAUAUUCCUU